AUGCACUCGCGUCGACCCGAGACUUUGAAGAUUGACAUCUCAAAGUAUAGGGGGGUCGAAGAAGACUCCCUCUUGAGGUGGUUCGUCGAAUUGGAUGACGCCAUAAGGGCGCGUCGCAUCGACGACGGGGAUAUGCAAGUUGCAUUUGCCCAGUCAAAUCUGGCAGGACGUGCCAAGACUUGGGCACUGGGGCUCAAGUUGCACGACCCAUAUGCGUUUGGGUCGUUGGAAGUCUUCAAGUCGCGGCUCAGACAAACGUUUGAACCGCCUAGAGCUGAGUUCAGGGCUCGAACCGAACUCUUGAAGCUCAAACAGGGUAAGCGUGCUGUGCACGCUUACGCCCAACAUACACGACAUCUUACGAGUUGUAUAAGUUCCAAUCCGGUGGAUGAACACACGUUGGUUUCGGUGUUCAUGCAGGGUCUUGCGGAUGGUCCCGUCAAGACUCACCUGUUCCGGCUUGAACUAGAUUCACUAGAACAAGCCAUUUCCAUUGCGGAGCAGGAAGACUUCAGUCUGAGACAGGCUCGCGCCAGCUCGACAUCAUAUCGUCAACCGAGACGAUAUGACAACGGAGGUCCAGAGCCGAUGGAACUCUGUUAUGUAGAGCGAGAAGGCUCGCUCUACAGACUACAAGAAGUUGCAGAGAUGCAACAGAUGUCAAAAGACAGGACACUACGCUUACGAGUGUAG